AUGAUUGACCAAAGACGCAACAGCGCCCAUAAGUUCGAGCUAGACGAAGGUAUCGAGAGCACUCUCACCAUCAACGUCAUCUCCACCUUCUUGCUUGCACAGUUGGUCUUGCCAAAGCUGAACGAGACUGGUCGUGCGCAGGCGACAGACACGCAUCUUGACUUCGUCUGUUCAAUGAUCCACAUCUUCGCAAAGACCAAACAGCUGUGUGAUGCCAAGAGUGGGGACAUCUUGAGGACGCUUAGCGAUCCAGCGCAGGUGGACAUGGCUAAUCGUUACUUACUCAGUAAACUGCUAGUGAUUUUGGGAUCCCGGGAUCUGGCCGCAAAGACCACUGCCUCAGCAAAAGAUGUCGUUGUAAGUUGUGUGGAUCCGGGAUGGUGCAAAACUGCACUCUUCCGCCACGAAGACUUGGGAAUCGAAGGAAGAUUCGCCCUACGGAUAAUGGGCGGGACUGGCGAAGAAGGGAGUCGAACCCUUGUACAUGCUUCAUCGGCGGAUAAGAUGCCCCAUAGCAAAUAUCUGAGCGAGUGUCAGGUCAAGCCCGAGUCGCAAUUUGUAAGAAGUGAAGUUGGUCAGCACGUCCAGGAAAGGGUUGCCAAUGAGUUACGAAAGGCACUGGAGCAGAUCCAGCUGGCACGAAAAGGCAGGCUUGGUUUGUAA